AUGCCGGGGCGGGUCCUGUCAUUCUUGGUGUUGGAGCAAUUAGACAACUUGGCUGGAGUUGGUUGGUUUGGUGAGGGUAGCAGAGUCAUCAUAACUACACAAGAUAGCGGAUUGCUAAAAUGUCAUGGAAUUGAGUUGAUAUACGAGGUCCAAAAGUUAUUUGACUACCAAGCUCUUGAACUUUUCAGUUUGAAUGCCUUCGGAAUAAAAGAACCUUCAAAUGAUUAUUUGGAACUCACACAACGAGCAAUAGCCUAUGCUCAAGGCCUUCCACUAGCUAUAACACUUUUAGGUUCCCAUCUUCGUAAUAAAGGUAGACAUCGUUGGCAAGCUAUAUUAGAUGGUUACGAAGGAGAACCUUAUUUAGGUAUUCAGAAAAUACUUCGAAAAAGUUAUGAUGCAUUGGAAAGUUCAAUGCAACAAGUUUUUCUUGACAUUGCAUGCUUCUUCAAGGGUAUGAGAAAGUUGCAAAAAUUUAAGUAUAUGCCAAAGUUGACAUCUUUGAAUUUGAGUGGUUGUCAAUUCCUAAAAAAAAUCCCUGACUUAUCCGGAAUCCCAAAUAUAAAGUGGCUGAAUCUAAGUAAGUGUACAAGUUUGGUUGAGGUUGAUGAUUCUGUUGGACUCCUUGAUAAACUUGUUGAAUUGAAUCUUGAUGGAUGCUUUAAGCUUACGAGGUUUGCAACAAUACUUAGAUUGAAAUCCCUGGAAAGGCUUUGUCUACGUAAUUGUGGAAGGCUUGAGAGCUUCCCAGAAAUAGAGGACAAGUUGGAAUCCCUGGUGAUUUUGAAUAUCGGAGAAAGUGGCAUAAGAGGAUUUCCAUCAUCAGUUGCAUAUCUUACUGGGAUUACAUUUAUGAGUGCUGGUUAUUGUGACAACCUUACAUUUACGUCAUUGCGUAGUAUGUAUGGAUUGCAACGUCUCACUACAUUUGGCGAUAAGGUGAACUCUGACUCAAACAUCUCAUUAGCGCUUCCCAAGCUAGUUUUCUUUAAUCUCCAAGGAUGCAAUUUAUCAGAAAGUAACUUUGUCCUGCCUCUCGACUGCUGGUUCACGUUUACAUUUCUUGAUCUAUCGGGAAACAAUUUUGUCAGAUGUCCGGGACGCAUUAGUAAAUUUGCCAACUUAUGGUUUCUUAGAUUAAAUGGUUGCAAGGGGCUUCAGGAAAUUCCAGAAUUGCUUCGACCAAGUGUAGAUCGGGUACUCCUGCCUAAUUGCACAUCAUUGGAAAAAUUUCCAAAACUUCCCCAGGGGGUUCGGUGGCUGGAUUUGGUCAAUUGUCAUAGACUAGGUGGCUAUGAGAUCACAGAAAAUAUUCUUCUGAAUAAGGUACCGCAUUUUGUAUUCGAAAUUAUACUUCCAGGCAAUGCAUUUCCAAAGUGGGUCAGCUGUUGUAAAAAUGCAACAGUACGUAGAUAUCCUGAUGUCGAGGAUAAAGAGGAAUACAUUGGUGGAUGUGAAUUUUCUUUUGAAAUUCCUCCAAAUUUAGAAUGGGAGACGUCAAGAUUGGUCCUAUGUGUUAGCUAUCAUUACCCUUAUCUUGACGAUGCCAAGAUUCUUAUCAAUGGAAAACUUGUCAAUGAGGUAUGGAUUGGGGAUACGUAUGCAACGGAGAUAGAGGAUGCUUAUGCGUGGCUCAAGUGUGUUCCAUUAUUGGAUCCGCAGAAGUUACGUGUGGGAGAAGAACCGACGCAUUUGCAGCAGGGUAAUAUGUGUCAAGUUAUAUUUCACUUGCAAGGCGCAGGACCGAUGCCCGUUAUAAGCUGUGGGGUACACCUAUUAGGCCACCAGGUUGCUGAUGUUAGUUGGAGUGCCAUGGAUGAUGACGACGAUAUAACGAUGAAUGAAUCAACGAGUUCAGUCGGAAAGACGCCUCGUGGAUCAGAUAUCACCGCAGUUGAUGAUCAUGAUCAUCAAGAGCAAUCGCUUGCUUGUCUUCAGAACCAGCGGAUCACCCAAAGCGGAGGCAUACUGAUAUUGAAGAGGAGUACAAAGUAAGGAAAUUAAUCAAUGUUCGAAAUAAUCAAUGAUGAGAUGAGAAAGUCCUUUCUGAGCAGCGAAUUUAAUGCCAAAGAAUAAACCCCACAAUUCAGCCUCCAGCACCUGUCCUUUCCCCAAGUUUACGGCAAACCCAGCAAUCCAGUCUCCAUUAGAAAUUUCCUGUCCUUUCACAUUAUUUUUGGCACGGUGGUUGUCUC